GCAGUGAGAUAGAGAGGCCCAGUCUGUCUGUCUCAGAGAGAAAGAGGUUCUAUUAUACCUGUGAGCUAACAGCUCAUUCACCGUCUCUCCUGCUUCUUUCUCCUCUCUGGUUCUUUCCAUAAGCUCAUUUGUCUGUUUAUGGGGCAUUGAACCCUCAAUCACACCACUCUCUUUCUUCACUCUUUACUCCUCACCACUUUCAGGGCAUCAUCAGUCCCUUCAUUGUCUUCUCCAAUGCCAUUACCUCAAGGCGCCAUCACCUUCAUCAUUAACACUUCCUCUAACUUAUGCUGCAAUUGUGCCGACUAAACCAGUACUCAAAGUGAAAAGAGAAUCCCAAAAGCCAUAAAAAAGAGACAAACAAACCUCAUGGAUUACUUCUCUUGCUGCUUCCCCACUCUCAUUUCCAGCUGUGUUCUUCUUCUUCUUGUGAGUUAUAAAGGUUGUGUAUUAGCUGCUACGUUCACAUUUGUAAACAAAUGUGAGCACACAGUUUGGCCUGGAAUUCUUGCCAAUGCGGGCAGUCCUAGACUUGACAGCACAGGAUUUGAGCUUCCACAAGACGCUUCUCGUUCUUUUAUAGCCCCAUCUGGCUGGUCUGGUCGUUUUUGGGCCCGAACCGGCUGUAAUUUCGACGAAUCCGGAGCCGGGUUGUGCUCAACAGGUGACUGUGGGUCGGGUCAAGUUGAAUGUAACGGAUUUGGAGCUGCUCCACCUGCUACAUUAGCAGAGUUCACACUCGGGUCGGGUGGGCAGGAUUUUUACGAUGUUAGUCUUGUAGAUGGGUACAAUUUGCCCAUGGUUGUGGAAGGUAGUGGGGGGUCGGGCAUGUGCGCUUCAACGGGCUGUAUAUCGGAUCUAAACAUACAGUGUCCACAAGAACUGAGGGUUGGUGAAGGCGACGCGUGUAAGAGCGCGUGUGAAGCUUUUGGGAGCCCGGAGUACUGUUGUAGUGGCGCGUUCAACACACCCGCCACUUGCAAACCAUCUGUUUAUUCAGAGAUGUUCAAGGCUGUUUGUCCUAAAUCUUACAGUUAUGCUUAUGAUGAUGCAACUAGCACUUUUACUUGUAGCGGAGCUGAUUAUACAGUGACCUUUUGCCCUUCAUCUCCGAGCAGUCAGAAAUCAUCAAGCUACUCAACGCCAACGACAGAAGGAGCAACAACAUCACAGGGGUCUGGCACAGGAUCCGGGCUGGAAUACACGGGCUCUGGUUCAGGCAUUGAUUCUGGGGCUGGAUCUGGGACUGGAUCCGGAGGAGAAACCAUGCUAGCAGAUGGGUCAUGGUUAGCUGGUUUGGCCAUGGGAGAUUCGUACAAGACAGCUUCUCCUGCUGCUCUACAAUCAGCAAUAAUGGCUUUUACGACUCUUGUCCUUACUUUUGCCCUUCUUCACUCGUAGCACUAGGACCUUUCUCUUUGUUUAAUGGCUCCUGCUCUUGAAUGUGAUGAAUUUUCAUUACAGAUUUGCAGCCUUGAUGGAUUCUUGGAUUUUGCCUUUGUUAGGAAAAGCUGACAGAUUCUCU